GAGAUGGAAUAAUCCAGCCAGCUUCCUGCAGGCUUACAGUACAAAUUCCUGGAUACCUUUAUUGAUAUCCAAAACCAUGCCAUAUAAUACAUGCAGACUAGUUAGCAUGCUCGAUUGACCGAUUCUCUGAUUGUGGGCACUGGACUUGGAUCUUCUUCAGAAUUAGUGGUAUCUUUAUAGGAUUAAGCCGUGUUAGGAGUAGACAUAGACAUUAUUAUCCAUUGUUAGCCAUAGAUUUACUUUUACCAAGUCAGAUGGAGAUAAAGCAUUGAUUGCCUGUUAUUCAUAUGAAAUCUGUAGAGAGGUACCAUCAAUAUUAUUCUCAUCUCGUUUUUAUUAGAACUGGAUUUUUCAGUGCAUUCUUCAUCACGAACACCUGUGUGUGCAUUUCCUUUAAAAUCAUCCAAAAUUUCGUUUUCAAGUUUCCGUGAGAAUUUUUCUAGUGGAAUGAAUUUCCUCAGAAGAAGAUUCAGUUCUGGGGAUCUUCAGGGAGAGCUUAGGGAGGAAAAUUCGAGUAUAUUAACGUUUAAAAAAGGACCUUCACCAAGUGCACCUAGUUCUCCUUCAAAAACUUUAAAUGCAACCCAAGGAAUACCGAGGGCAGGACCAGUACAAAACAGUAAACCAGCAUAUAAUAAAGAUAGAUGUAAAAUAUUGUUAGUAGUUGAUGAUCAACAUACAGACUGGUCAAAAUAUUUUAGAGGAAGAAAAAUUUUUGGUGAUUGGGAUAUAAGAGUUGAACAGGCAGAGUUUAAAGAAAUAAAUUUAGCUUCCUAUUCAGAUACUGGUACAAUGGUAGAUAUACAGGUCACACGUAGUGGAACUAAAGUUGUUAGGUCAUUUAAACCUGAUUUUUUAUUAAUUCGACAGUAUGUACGAGAUGCCUCGGAAGACUGGAGAAGUAUUUUAAUAGGUUUCCAGUAUGGUGAUAUACCCAGUAUCAACUCAUUACAUUCUAUAUAUAACUUCCAAGACCGACCAUGGGUGUUGGCGCAACUAGUCAAAUUACAGAAGAAAUUAGGAAAAGAAAACUUCCCGUUAAUAGAACAAGCAUACUAUCCUAACCAUCGUGAAAUGUUGAUAACACCAAAGUUCCCUGUAGUUGUAAAGGUUGGACAUGCACAUGCUGGGGCUGGUAAGGUUAGAGUUUCCAAUCAUUAUGAUUUCCAAGAUAUUGCUGGUGUGGUGGCAGUCACAGGAACGUAUUCUACUACAGAAGCUUACAUCGACACACUUUAUGAUAUACAUAUACAGAAGAUAGGCCCUCACUACAAAGCUUACAUGCGAAAGUCUAUAUCUGGAAAUUGGAAAGCCAACACUGGGUCAGCCAUGUUAGAGCAGAUAGCUAUGAAUGAAAAAUUUAAGUUAUGGGUAGAUGAGUGUAGUCAGUUAUUUGGAGGUUUGGAUAUCAUGUCAGUUGAGGCAGUACAAGGGAAAGAUGGAAAAGAAUAUAUCAUUGAGGUAAAUGAUUCAUCUAUGAAUUUACUUGGUGAAAGUCAAGAAGAAGACAGAAGAAAUAUAGGUGAAUUAGUAAUAACCAGAAUGCAACAGUGUCUUCAGCCUGUCCAGACACUUAGUCGGACGAUAAGUUUACAUUAUGGAAUGAAUGGUUCUAAGAACGAACCAGUCAACCCACCAGCAAGGCCCCCACAACCCUCUCAGCAAGGUCAACCAAAUCCACCACAAAGUCAUGGUCAACCAAGGCCACAGCAAGGGCAGCCAAUACCAAGACAACAAAGUCAACAAGGCAAUGUUCAAGGUCAACAACAUCAGCCAUCUGCUCAGAUGCAGCGUCAAACAAGCCAAACACAACAACAAAGCUCAGUCCAUGGUCAUCCAGUUCAACAUGGUGCAGCCAUGAAUCAGAGACCACAACAUCCACAGCAACAAAGGCAACAACAAUCACAGAAUAGAACAGAUGGAGGACCACCAGGAGCACGUCCCCCACCGAUUGGUGUUGGAGCACCUACUUUAGGCAAAUCAACAGAUUACCCAGAAGGAGAGGAUACCAUGAAGAACCUUAGAAAAACAUUUGCAGGAAUAUUUGGAGACAUGUAGAUUUUGUUUUGAUAUGUGAACACUGACUGACCAAUUAAUUUAUUCUGUAAUUAUUUGUUAAUAAUAUGCAAAAACACCAUCUAAAAUUAAGUAUACUAGACUGUCUAUUGUGUCUAGUUAAUCAGCUAUUUAAGGCAUGUUACCUGUAAUUUUAUACAGAUAUCAUAUAUAUACAAGGAAAUAGAUACAACUAGAUAUAUUAUAUAUAUUAUUUAAUGAAGAACUCUUUUAUUAUCAUUUUGUAUGAAUUUGUCAAGCAUUGAUUAAAAAGGCAGCAUGUAGAAAAAGUAUCGAAAGAAGUGUGGGCUGUUCCAUUUAAGUAUACAUGAUAAUUAUGAAAGACACUUUGAAAAAAAGAACACAUCUUUAAUCAACUGUUUUUACACCUUGAUCAAAAGAAGAAGUGUGAACUCUUGUUAUCUUAAUACUCAAUACAGCAAAUUUUCUGAUCAGUUAAAAAUAAUUUUAACUACAGAUAAAACCAAUGGUGUAACACAUUUCAUUCUGGCGUACAAACAAAGAAUUGUAAUAUCUUUGAAGUCCUUUAGAUGCUGAAGUUAUAAAAUAUGUGUAAUGAAAAUUAAACAUGGCUAAUACUUAUAACUCUGUUUUAUACAGACUCUAAGAAAAACUUACAAAAAAUCUGCUAUUUAAAAGGUCUGACAUCAUCUUAAUCGUCAAAUUUAAUUGACUAAUAUAAAUCAUGUGCCAUUUAGUAUGUUAAAACAUUUUUAUUUUCCAAAAAGUUUGAUUCUGUAUUGAAUCUUGUCAUUUUUAUACACAUGAUUGUUUUUCUGAUUAAUUUUUAAAUAAAGUUGAAAGUAUUUAGAAUCCUGAGGUCAGUGAUUCUAGUAACACUUGUCACAAUAGUUUAACUGUUUUUUGCACAUGGUUAUUGACUGCAAAAUACAUUUUAAAUUACAUUGUAGUCAAACUUAAAUCUCAUACUCGAGAUUUAUGAUAUGUUAUUGUCUAAUAUGUUCUGAAUUUUAAAGUUUCUAGAUGAAAAGUUCAUAGACCAUUUUUAUUUCUCCUUGGACAAAGAGCCAUGCAUGUGAGUGAUUGUCAUCACUAGACAUCUGUCAUCUUUUUAAACUUAAAAAAAGUGUUCUUCUCUGAAACUACUAAACCAAAUGUUAUCAAAUUUUUCCUAAAUGAUCCUUACGAAAUCUAGUUUAAAGUUGUAUCCUGGGAUUAAAUCCAUUAACAAACAUGGAUGCUGUUGCUAAAAAUAGAACAUAAGUUUAAAACUGCAGUUUUUGCCUUAUAUCUCAAAAACUAAAGCAGUUGAAGCAAAAUUGACAAUGGGUAAAAAUUAUAAGCAGGUUUAGGUAUAUAUACCUUUAAAUUUUCAGUAAAAACCAUAGAUAGAGAGAAUGGCCUGCAAAGUAAGUUCUUCAUAUAAGGAAACAUGGCAGAAACUGUCAGUUCACUCCUUACAGGAGUUAAUGCCUCUUGUGAUUAAAAUCUCUUUCGUGGCAUUUGGUAGGUUUGAACUAGAGUGAACUAUUUUCUAAAACACAGAAUAAUUUGAUUGGUCAGUUGGCAUUGGUGCUGACCAAUACUCUGCUGCAAUACAUUUCCAUGAAAUCCCACCAUUUUUGUAAAUUUUUCACAAAGUGUAGUAUAGAACUAUAUGUGUUUAAUUGUUUAGAAUGCCAAGAGAUACUCAUAAUCAGCCAACUAGUAAGAAAAAGUAAGAUGUGUUCAUUAUACAAAAGUUUUGAUAUAUCAUAAUCACUUAAAGUGUAAACUUUAUAUUAAGGAUCAAGAUCUCCUUAUGAGUUUUUUUUUUAUGCAUGUUGAUUUCAUUAUAAAAUAAUUUAUAGUGUUAUGUACUGUAGUGUAAUGUUUGGAACUUAGUCUUCAAGUAUAGUGAUAUUAGUUUGUUAAGUUAAACAUUUAUUGUGUUUGAUCAGAAUGUUAAGUUAAACAUUUAUUGUGUUUAAUCAGAAUGUUAAGUUAAACAUUUAUUGUGUUUAACUAAUAAAUUCACUUAUGUACACAUGACAGUAAAAUGGUUCCAGAGUCAUAUAACCAUUAUUUAUUUAUUUUUGACUAACGAUAAAAAUAAGAAGAUGUGGUAUGAGUGCCAAUGAGACAAUUCUCCAUCUAAGUCACAAUGUAUAAAAAGUUAACAAUUAAAGGUCAAAGUACGGCCUGCAACACGGAGCCUUGACUCACACCAAACAGCAAGCUAUAAAGGGCCCCAAAAUGACUAGUGUAAAACAAUUCAAACAGGAAAACCAACAGUCUAAUCUAUAUAAAAAACGAGAAACACUUAUGAACCACACCAAAAAACGACAACCACAAACAUACUAUAAAAAUUUCUGUAGUGUGCUUACCAUUAAACUCUGCAGACAGUUACAAAUGUAUAUAAUACAUUUCGUUCUGAUACCCUAAUUCUGAAGUGUUUAAUUCUGCUUUUCUUUCAGCAGUUAAAAUUCAAACUUAACAUUGGUUUUCAAAUUGUCUAAGUUGGUCAUACAUCAUAAUGGUCGAUGUCUAUUAUAAAGAAAUUAUUAUCUUUGAAAAUUGCAAAUCAGCUGUUGUACAGAAAAUAAGAUCCUUUUGUUUUCAUACACCCAAUUUAUUAUAUGACCAAAUUGGAAAUUGGGACUUGAAUAAACAACUCAUUUCACAAAUAAUUGAUGAUUAAAAAUUGUAGCAAGUCAGUUUUUCAGACUAGCCAUUUCAGUAUGACUUGCCAUCUCUUUUAGUUUUAGGAUUCUAGUGAAGAGUUGAAAUGGACUGUAAAGAAAAAAAUGUAUUUUGUUGAUUUUUAUGUCUGUAAAUAUUACUGCGGAAUCUAAAAAAUGACUUGUUAAUUUUACUUGAGAUAAUUUUUUUAAAAUACAUUCCUAGUCAAUUGUAUCUUGAUAUAUGCAUGCUAUGAAAUGUUCAUGAUUAUUUUAUUUAAGUUUUACAUGUUGUUUGUUAUCAGGUUAAAUGACUGGGUGCAGUAAGGGCCUUAUUUGGGUUUAAAUUUUUACUGAAAUUUGAAUUUUUUAAUUCAGAUUUUCAUUUUUGUCUGUUUAAAAUGUUGAGGUAAUACAAAUUUAAAAAUAGAUAUUUUUUCGAUCCAUGAUCUCACAUUAAAUGCAGUUCUGAUGUCCUGGAAAAGGCCCUUUACAGGUUUUCGUGAAAAUACAUAGUUUUGGUCAAUUAUAGAGCACAUGCAAAUUCCAUCUAAAUAAUUUACCACAAUGUUGGUCAAUAUGAACAACACCUUACCAGUUUGGUGGUUCUUGCAUGGGCUCAAUAUUUCCAACGCAUAAAUAUGUGUGAAAAUUUUGUAAUUUUAUUAUAUUUUUUACAGAUAGUUGGUAAGUUUGAUUUUUCUUUCUUUCAACAGUAAAUCUGUGGUUAUUCAUAAUAUUCCAAAGAUCUUACAGUCUAAGCUGUGCAUUUACAUAACAAUUAUCUUUACUUAAAAAUCACCUGAUUUUGUAAUACCUCAAAAUAAAAAAAAUAGUCAAAGCAUGAUGGAUGCUGCGACUUGAUCACAAAAAGCAGCAUAUCCAUAUAUGUAAAUUAUUUUAGUUAAAUAAUUCCUUUAAAAUUGAAACCUCUCCCUUUCAGUUGAAAUAGAAAGUACAAUUAUUUUUCAAAUGUGUUUUUAUAAGGCAUGAUAAAAGUUAGAAUCAUAUCUUGCAAUAUGGUAUAGAUGUGUUGUCUGUAUCUACAGACACGUUACUCUUAUAACAGAACAAUUUGAAAAUUUCUCUUAUUUUUAAAAAUUUGUUGUUCACAGAUAAAAUUAAUUUAUAUACCAAAAAAUAAAGUCUGUCCAAACUUUCUUAUGAAUUCUUUGGUAAAAUUACAGAUUAUGGUUUUUUUCAACUAUGCAGCAUUAAGGUAUUUUUCCUCCUUUUGAUAUUUCUGUAAUUAUGCUCCCUGAAUUUAGAAAAUGUCCUAACAUGAAGAUGCGCAUAUAAGUGGGGCAUUGUAGCCCAUUUGGUAAAUCACAGAGUUAUGUCCCUUUGCACAUAGUUAUGCUAUUCAGUAUGUAUUUUGACGACACAUCUUUACUGUCUAUAAAUAACAAUGAAAUGUAACUGUUUUUUGUUAAAGGGGUUUUCCGAAUUUUCCCGCCAAAAAGCACAUGGCUUUCAACAAAUGUAAACAAAGCAGUCAAUUUGUGAUCAUGGAUUACAGCUUUUAUUAAUUUAAUUUGGAUAUAGAUAUUCAAUGAAAGGUACAGUCAAGCAUUGCUUUUACUUUCUUCUGGAUUAAAACUAGUUUAAAAGAUCAAUUUAAAAAAAAAAAUCUUUGACAUAACAACAAACGAUCUACGGAUACAUCAAACGCAAAUUGUCAUCUUUUGACAAAUAUUGAAAUUGAAAUGCUGACUGACCGAAUUUAAUGAGAAAAAUUAUUACAAUGGUCAAUUAUGAAGUUUAAUAAACGGAUUAAUGACCCAUCCGAUGUCGAUGAGUGGAUUAUCUGUAAUCACAACUUAUUACACCUGCUGUAAAUGUAAAUUAGCUGUGGGGCAUAAACUUGCCAUAAAUAUGAAGACAGGUAGAAUAAUUGUAUUUUCAUCAAAAUAUUACGGCUAUAAAGGCAUGGACUUACGAAAAAGGGCAGGGCGUCUAAAAAGGGCACAGGGCGGCACUCUGGAAAGGGCGGGCGGACUGCCCUGUGAAAACGACCUAGCUGGAACACUGAUCUUACACAAACUCUCUGUGUGUAUAAAUUAAGUACAAGCUAUGUAUUGAUAUAAAAGUUGAUUUCCCAUUUAAAGAAAUCUCAGUUAUCCAAAAUUAUGAACAGUUGACAUUUAAAACUUUAUUUAACUGUUAUUUUUUUGUCAUUUAAAUUAUAAAGUUCUACUAGAAAUUCUAGUCUAGAAUACAAUCUAUUAAAGUAAGACACUUUCUAACCAAGUCUCAUGUAUAUCCCUUUCAAUAUCUGAAAAGAGAGCUUCCAACAACUGCUUUGCAUAAAACAAUUUUAAAGGAAUGAUUUAACUAAAAUAAUUUACAUAAAUGGAUAUGCUGAUUUUUGUGAUCAAGUCGCAGCAUCCAUCAUGCUUUGACUAUUUUUUUUAUUUUGAAUUAUAUUGGAUUAAUAUACAAAACCUAUCAUUUUACAAAAUCAUCUCUAUUUGUUAUUGUCUACAUAAAACUCAAAUAAAGAAUCAAAUCAUACAAAACGUAUCUUUGUGUACUAUACAUUGUAAAACACAUGUUAGAUUAACAUGAACUGUUUCAGGUGUACAUUGUCAAAACUGUAGAUCUCAGAUUUAUAGCAAUUUUUGUGAUUUUAUAUUGUUUUUUAUGCUUUAUAUAUAUUAAGUUUUUUUAAUUAUUUUAUUUAAUAACUGUUAUUGAUGAUACAUUGUUUAUAAUGUUUUUUAUUUACUCUAUUUGCUAUUCAAAUUUUACUGUUUUUUACUCCAAAUGAGUGUAGAAUUUUCUAUUUAUUGCAAAACAAUAUAUAUGCAUGCCAUAUAUAUUGGCAGAUUUUCAGUCCUAAUAUUAUCUGCUGGUCAAAUAAUGCAAACAUUGUUAUAAAGAAGCAAGCAUAAGUUAUCAGACAGAUAAACUUUAAUAAGAUUUAAAUAAGAUUAAACAAUGUUGAAACCAUUUAAUUAUUUAAAAUGUAAUUCAUUGGGGAGAAGGUUAAAAAUGUAGAAGGCAACUUCUUGGGUCCCUGAAAUUAUUGAAAACCUAACUGUUUAUAUUCUUAAGAAGUUCACAAGAAGUUUGCUGGAAAUCAAUAAUUCAUUUAAACAUGACAAAACAAUUUGCUCUAACUCAGUACCAUUCAUGAAAACUACAAAACUGACUUAUUUCGAACAGGUUCUCACUGGCACUGAUAAAUCAGAAAUUAUUGAAUGCAUUUAUUGUUGUGAUUUUUUAAGAAUGGACAAAAAGGCGUAAUUUUUAUGUAGUUGCCACUCAGUGGUAAGGGCAUAUUAUGAUACCCAUGUUCAGCAAUUUGUCAUUCUGAAAUCCUCCCUUAUAAUACAUAUGCUGUUAUGUCAGACAGAUGAUCUACCUUAUUACAGUGUUUGUGUGUAGUUUUUUUUUAUUCAUUCUACUAAUAAGUUAUAAGCUAAGAAUGACUGUCAGUUAUAUUCAUGAAUCUGUAUCGCAGAAUAUUUCACUGUACAUUUAUAUACCAUUUGUAAGAACACUAUGAAAUAUUGCUCAUGAUUUCAUCAAAAUAGUUGCAUGUCUGUUCACUAGUCAAAAAUGAAUACUGUAGGUUAAUGUUAUAUAUAUGAGAACAUAAUAGGAAGGUUUUACUAGAAUGUGAUAUUUUGUUGUUUGUCAGCUUGUUUUUGUUGAGACAUUUUAUCAUUAGAAAGUGCAAUAUAGUAGUAUUUACAGAUGCAUCAGUCAAAUAAAGGAAUAAAUGAUUCAAAAUCUCUAGA